AUGGUUGGUGAUACCCGAUCUUCCAGAAAUAGCAAGGAUGAAGGUUACGGUCGUAAGUCGACAAAAAAGGCAGAUACUAGAAGAUCAGCUUCUGGUGCAAGAAGAUCAGCUCGAGAAGAAUCAGAUUCCACCAGAGUGACGGCACCAUGUCCUCAGAGCAUGCGGAAAUCCAAGCGUAUUGAGGAGAGAACCCCACCUUCGACUCCUUCCACAAAGCGGAAAUCCGAGAGACUGGAAAAACAGAACACGCCAAGUCCUGUUGGACCUGUGAGGAGGUCCGUCAGAGGUAAGAAUGACUUUUCACCUGAAUCUUCUGGGUCUAAAAAAACCUCAAAAGGACUCGGUUCGCUGGACUCAAAGAGCAAGAAAGAGAAGAACUUGAUUCAGGUGACAAUGGAAUCUGAAAAGGCCGAAAUUGACCCUGAAGUUGGCAUGAAGAGAAAAAAUAUGAACUCGCGGUCCUACAUGACCUUGUUCAAAAGGCAGCGCAUCAAGAUUGUGCCGGAUGGUGAAGGGCGGCUGGCCGGACGAGAUAAACUGUCUGAUGUUUGCAGUGACAAUAGCGGAGGCACUGACUCUGAACCAAUGGGAAAUGGAGUGGUUGGUACUGAUGAGUUCAGUAGAAGGAUAGUGGGUGAUUCAAGAGAUGAAAGCAUUGAUAUUGUUAAAACUUCUGUUGAAGCUCUUCACAAGCCGCGUGAAAAAGAUCAUGAAGACAUGCAAAAUAAUGUUAAUAGGGCUUCUAGCCAUAGAGACAUAGCUUUGGAUGAACCUUGUUCAAACCACUACAUUACCAAUUCGAGUGUCAGAGAAAUGCCUGAUUUUACAGAAAGAUUGCCAACAAUCUGUUCUUCUGCUGAUUAUAUGGAUCCCUCUGAAUCUGAAAGUUCAACUUGCUUGGGGACAAUAGGAGAUGUUGCGGGGGAUACUACUUCACCAUCACCAAAGUAUGAAAACUGUGAUCUUCUGGGCACUUGUGUUCUUUGUUCCAAGUGUAAAAGGAUUGGCUAUAAUUCACAAAAGCAGGAACUUUGCUCGUGCAAUCCUGCAGUAGACAUGGACCAGGGCACCUUAUCUACUUGUAAGGUUAGAAGUAAUCAUGAAGUGGCUGUUACCUCAGAAACUGCUGAAAAAUGUGCCUCCAGAGAUCUAACAGAGAUGCUUGCAGAUUCUCAAAAGGAUGGUCAUGAAUAUGUGUGUGCCCUGUGCAACAAAAGUGGCGAGCUCCUGUGCUGUGAGGGGAAAGGUUGCAAGAGAUUCUAUCAUAUCAGCUGUAUAGAUCCCCAACUAACUGAGGCUCUCCCUGGUGUGUGGCAUUGUCCCCAGUGUGUGAAGAAGAAGCUUCUAUUUGGUGUUCACUCUGUGUCAGAGGGAAUCGAGUCAAUUUGGGAUGUUGCAGAAGUGGAGGUAUCAAAUGGAAUUCGGCAGAAGCAAUAUCUUAUUAAAUACCAUGGGCUUGCUCACAUUCAUAACCACUGGGCUUCGGAGAAACAACUGCUUCUUGAAAAUCCUUGCAUUUUCUCCAACUUUAUUGAAAAUAAUUUGUUAGAGAGGUGGAAUCUUGAGUGGACAAAACCGCAUCGCUUGCUAAAGAAAAAAUCUAUUCUGGAUAACGUGUAUGUAGCUUCGUCCUCUGUUAUUUCUGUAUGCCAUUAUGAAUGGCUCGUGAAAUGGCAUGGUCUUGGUUAUGACCAUGCUACAUGGGAGUUGGAUAAUGCCUCCUGGCUGAGCUCGCCUCUGGGUCAGAACCUAAUGAAGGAUUAUGAAACUCGUUGCGAAAGGGCUAAGCAAGAAGCUAAUCAGCGUAAAAAGGGGCCUUUUGUCGAACUUUCAGAGCUUCCAUCCAGUCAGUCACUGGGAAAUGAUAACCAUGUGUUGAAAAAUGUAAAUAAGCUGCGCCAGUUUUUGUUCAAAUGCCAAAAUGUCGUCGUUUUUGAUGAUCAGGAGCUAAUAAUGACUAUUUUGUUUUCCCUUCAAUCUAUGAGUGAAAUUUGCCGGCCUUUCCUAUUUGUCACGGCCUCAAGUUCAUUGUCUCAAUGGGAAGCUGAGUUUGCACGGCUGGUGCCAUCUGUUGAUGUUGUGGUAUACAGUGGAAACAAAGACACCAGGAAGGGGAUUAGAGCAGCAGAAUUUUAUGAUGAAGGUGGUUUUUUGAUGCUCCAAGUACUCCUGUCUUCUGUAGAAGCUGUUUUUGAGGAUCUGGACAAGUUAAUGAGCAUAAAGUGGGAAGCAAUUGUAAUUGAUGAUUAUCAGCAAUUUGGGGUAUCAAAUGAUCCUGAAACAUUUAAAAUGCUGCGCACAAACUCAAGGAUACUUUUGGUCAGUAGUCAAAUAAAGGAUACAACAUCUGAAUACCUUAAAAUGCUAUCGCUGCUUGAGAAUCAUGCUGAUCUUGACAAACUGAGGGCCUUGAAAUCCGAGACAAAUGACAAUCUAUGUAAAGUGAAAGAUCGAUUGUCACGUUUUAUUGCGUAUGGAAGCAAGUUUCAAUUGUCUAAGUUCCAUGAGUAUUGGGUACCAGUUCAGAUAUCAAAUUAUCAGCUUGAGCAUUAUUGUGCUACGCUUCUUAAUAACUCGGUCCAGCUUCGUUCCUGUUCAAAAGUUGACCUGGUGGGGGCACUCCGUGAUGUUCUUUUUGCUGCUCGAAAGUGUUGCGAUCACCCGUAUCUUCUGGACCUCUUUGUACAAGAGAGCUUGUUUGCUGAGAAACGUCCUUUGCCUGAGAUCGUGGAGAUUGGGAUAAAAGCAAGUGGCAAAUUAGAACUUCUUGAUAAGAUGCUCACCGAGAUCCGUAGUCGAGGCUUACAAGUACUUGUACUUUACCAGCAGGCAGUUAGUGGUGCGCCAAUCGGAAAUUUCCUGGACGAUUUUCUUCAGCAUAGAUUUGGUCCAGGUACUUACGAACGCAUCGAACAAUCAGUCACCCCUUCCAAGAAGCAAGCUGCUGUGAACCGAUUUAACAAGAAGGAGACCGGGCAGUUUAUUUUUCUGUUAGAAACCCGUGCUUGUUGGCCAAUCAUUAAACUUUCCUCACUGGAUCUUGUCAUCAUAUAUGAUAGUGACUGGAAUCCAGCAAACGAUUUGAGAGCCCUGCAAAAGCUCUCACUUGGUUCGAAGGCUGAGCAGAUUAAAGUUUUCAGGUUAUAUUCAUCCUUCACUGUUGAAGAAAGGGCCUUAGUUCUAGCAAAGAAAAACUUGAAUCUCGACAAUAAUUUGCAAACUUUUUGCCGUACCGCGAGUGACACUCUUCUCUCCUGGGGUGCUGCACAUCUGUUCGGCAGGUUAGAUGAGUAUCAUGCUAAUGGCGCCUCUGAUUCGGCUCCAAAUCCUUCUGGGCAGCUGCUUUUGAGUGAAGUUAUCAAGGAGUUUCAGGCCAUACUUUCCGAAAAUGCCAAUCCGAAUUCUGUUAUUUCAAAAGUUAAAUUGGGUGUUGGGAGCUAUAGUGGGGGCAUUCCCAUGUAUGGAGAGACACAAAUUCAGUUGGAAGAUGGAGAGUCGCAUGUUUUCUGGAAAAACUUGUUGGAUGGAAGGAAUUAUGUUUGGAAACAUUUAAGAAGCCAAUCGUCUAGGAAUCGGAAGAGAACUCAUUACUCUCAAGUGUAUUCUAGUAUACCAGGGUCAGAAAGAGAUGACAUGGCAAAGAAACGAAAGAAGGUGAUCGAUGAUAGUUCAGAUCCAGCCUUAGUUCAAGUUGAUUUAGGAGUGGACAAAGUCCGUCAAGUUGCUGGUUCUAAGGAAGGCUCAUCUAGAAUCAAACCCCGUAAUCGACCGAAUAAUACACAAAAAGAAGGUAAUACUUCCAACAAUAUUCCAAAUGGCAUUUCUGGUUGCAGCUCUUUUGGUGCUGGGGUUCCUGAAGGUAUGCCAGGGGGAAGAAUUGUAUCAUCUGAUGAGCGUAAAGCCCUCCUCAGCUCUUUGAAAGCAGAGAUGAUGAGACUAUGUCAAGUUCUUAACUUUUCGGAGGAUGUCAUUGUUAUCGCAUUGAGAUUUUUGGAAUAUGUCAUCAGUAAGCGCGAUGUCAACACUGACUCACAAUCAGUCGUGCAGGCUCUCCAAAUUUCUCUGUGUUGGAUUGCAGCAGCAAUCACGAAAACAAAUAUCGACAAGAAGGAGUCUCUAACGCUAGCCAAGCAACAUCUGAGCUAUCAAUGCAAUGAAGAACAAGCUAAAUCGAUUUAUUUUAUCCUCAAGGAGAUGCAUUACAAAUCCAAGGAUAAAAUCAUCAACUCAGGACGAUCCUUUGCUGAGGAAAACAUCAAUAAGAAGGAAGCUGCUCCGACAGGCAACCUAAAGAAAUUGCAAAAAAAGAUUAAAAAGCGAAGGAAGAAACUUUUACAGGGUCAUCAACAGGAGCUCCGUGAGUUCCAUGAGAAAUGGGAGAACGAUAGGUUAAAACUCGAGAAGGAUCACAAAGUGGAAUCGGCCUUUGUUCGGACCGUUCAUGGUCAGAGCUUGGCCAGGACGGACAGACUCAGGCUUUUGGAUAAUGACUUUAACACGAAACUAAAGGAGCUCAACCUCCAAAAGGAUCUGGAACUUAAAGCUCUGGAGGCACGGCAGGUCGGAGAGAUCGAAGAGGAGGAGAGAAGGACAACCGGAUGGCUGGCCGAAGCAGAACAGAACUUGAGUUGCCCAGGUUCUGUUGGUGAGCUCGUGCCACCUGUCCCCCAACCCGAGGAGCAUGCCAAUGAGGGCCCUCAGCCGAACAGACCAUCUGACGAGGCAGUUGGAUGUGAGAUUCGUGUUGAGAAUUCAGGAACUGUUCCUGCACAAGAGGAAGACACGGUAUCCGCCUUGGCUACAGUCGAGCCUGCUAGUCAACCGAAGCAAAUGAAUGAUAAUGACGAAUCUGUAGUUCUUCCGGAUCCACCUGCUUCUAUGGACCAGGUUCCUGAUGAAGUAAAUGCAUCAGAAAAUGAUGGAGUUGCUUCACCUGAUGCUUUGUUGGACGAGAGAUGUGGGCCUGAUGAGGCCGCUGGUGGGGAUUCACGAGGCCUGAAACAGUCGGUUGUCCAAUCGGAAGGAAAUGCAGCUUUGCCAGAUUGUGGCAACUUGUCAUCACAGAAAGUGCAGCAAGAUACAACCGACCAGAGUUUGGCAUCUGAGUCGCCAGCUGUGGAAGAUCAAAAUACUUUGCAGGUUCAAACUGAACUCAUCAACACUGUGACACCUGCACUGUCAAAUCAGGAAGAAGCUCCAGCGGCUGACGAAUCUGUAACCCCUGUGCCUACGGAUAAGGAAACUGUGACCGAUGUGCAGACGGAUAAUGAAAUUGUGAACCGUGUACCUUUGGAUCAUGAAACUGUAACCCGUGUGCCUACGGAUAAUGAAACCGUGACCCGUGUGCUGAUGGAUAAUGAAACUGUGACACGUGUACCUUUGAAUCAUGAAUCUGUGGCCCGUGUUACGUCAGAUCAUGAAACAGUGGCCGAGGUAGUGGCUGAAGUACCUGCUGUUUCUGAAAAUGUUGUGACUCCACCCUCUCAGGUAGUGGCUCGUACAACUGAACGGCCAAAUGAAGCUGCUUUUCAACUUGGGUCAGAAGGAAGCCAUCCUGUGGGUCCCAGCUACCUUGUCACUCCUAGCCAUCAACUUGCUUACGGAAGUUCACCACAUUCUUCAUCUAUUGACCCACUUCAGAUCGAGUUAGAUAACCUACGUAGAGAUACUGAACAACUGGAUAAAAACCAUAAAGAAUUGGUGUCACGGCUGCAAUCUGAUUGUGAGGUGGAGAUACAGGAGAUGAUUAAUCAAAUUCGUAACAAGUACAACACGAAGCUUCAGGAGGCUGAAACUGAAUUUACGUCGAAAAGGAGUGAACUCGAAAAUAAUCAGAAUAAAGUUCUUAUGAAUAAAUUAUUGGCUGCAGCUUUUAGAUCAAAGUGCUGGAACCCAAAGCCUGCUGCCAUUCCAGGAAUGCAACAAGGUGUUCCGUCCAGCUUCUUACAGCACAUGCAGCAGCUAUCAGCACGCCCACCGGGCCCCACUCAGCCAGUCUCGCCCCCGACCCGCCCACCGGGCCCCACUCAGCCAGUCACGCUCCCGACCCGCCCACCGGGCCCCACUCAGCCAGUCGCAUCCCAACCCCGCCCACUGGGCCCCACUCAGUCAGUCGCACCCCCAAUCCGCCCAUCGGGCCUCACUCAGCCAGUCGCAUCCCCAACCCGCCCACCUGGCCUGAUCCAGCCAGUAGCAAACCCAACCCGUCCACUCGGGUCCCCGCCGCCAAUCGCGGCCAGGCCCUCCCAAACAUCUCGAGCGCAUCCCAUCGGAUCCUCCUCCCCCGCCGCCGUCCGGGCCGUUCACAACACGGCGGCCCUUUUCUCCUCUCCCGCCACCCGUCCCCCGCCCGUCAUCGGCACCAUUACGCCCUCCCGUGGGUCCCGCCCCAUUGGCGAGAUUCGCUCGGCGGCACCGCACCUCCAGCACUUCAGGCCUCACCCGGGACCACGCGCCGCGUCGCCACCUGUGGCUCAUCCCGUCCGGGCCCCACCACCAAGGGAGCUUCCUCCUCCUCCUCCUCCUCCUCCUCCUCCUCCGGCCUAUUCUAAUUUGCCGGCGGUUGCACGAGGCCCCGGCAAUACGUCUCAGCUAGUGGAGGGAAUUGUCCCGCCUUCGGACUUGCCGGAUAUUGGUUCGAAAUUCACCACUUUGGAGUCAUCAGACCUGGAGAUGCUCAGCAAUGUGCCACAGCCGCCGAGGGACCAGGCGGCCAAGGGGUCAACGAGUGUGGUUUGCUUGUCGGACGACGAGUAG